CCAAGCUACGUCACCACCAUUGUAAAACUGGUUCAAAUCGACAUUCCUAGAGUCACCCCCAUUCACCCCGCUUGGUGAAACUGUAGCACUUGUAGUAGAAGACAUUAUGAUGGGUAUGAGGAUGGAUACAACAGACACAAUGGGUCAAAGAUCACAAAAAUGAAUCUUAAAAUCUAACGGCAAAUGAAGAUGAAAAUGAAUCCAAAAAUAGCUUUCAAGUAGAAAUGAAAUUAUAUAACUCACAAACACAGAUACACAGUAAGCACAAAAUCUAGUGAUUCCUAAAGAUCAAGGUAUACGGUUCCGUACAAGUGAACAGAGAAGAUACAAUUCGUGCUGAUGAAACCAAGGCAAGGACAAUGUAUUCCCAACAGAUCCUAAUUUUUCUUCAAGAAGGAAGCGUUUCCUGAUGAUUCUUUUCACUACGUUAUUCUUUCAAAAAAGCGAUGCGCAGCAAAAUAUAAAAAAAACAGUUAAGGAAUUCUAAAGAAAUAAAACUGACUAUUUCUACACUUUUUGGUCGCACUGAAAAAGAAAACCCCUUGCAAACAUGGGUAUUGUAUCCACCGUUUAUAUCACGUACAAUAUACGUGGGUCAAGCAAAAAGCAACUAUCAGAAGAUAAGCGUUAUCUUGAACGAAUGUAAUUGGUAAGCACUAUCUUCGCUUGCCGCAAACAUAAGUUGAGUUAAGAUGUUUCAAGUGCGACUGAUAGUAACAUGACAAGUGACAAAAUCUUCCGCCAACCAAAGUAACGUUGGCAUCCAAGAGAGUAAGUGGACGAUACGACCAAUCGGUCACAAUUCGAUGGGGAUUGGACUUGUAUCUCAUCUUAUUUCACCGAUCGUUGUACGCUUUCAUUUACGAUGAACUCAUAUAUAAUACUCAUUUGUUUCUACUUAUAGAGUUUUCUUUCCUUAUUUCUCUUUGUUAGUUUUGUUGCUUACGGAGCUGUAGUGUGGGUACGUUGGUAAACAAAAAGUUAUCUAUCCCAAACUGUAAAAGGGAGUGUUCAAGACGAAAAGUAUGGCCUCCUUCGACGAGAUGGUUGCACCAUAAAUUUACUAUUCAAAGUUGGAAAAAAAGAAAAGCUUCACCCUAAACAAUUUUCGUUUGUUUCCUUAAUCGAUUCCAACUACUAUAGUUGCCUCACCCCCAUUGUUCUUGCCUACUGAUAAGAAUGCCACCACACCUUGAUGCCAGAUAGGUUUGGUCAAGGUACAUUCUCAGAUAUCUGAAUGAUGGAUGAUCCAUUCUUAUGAUUUCAGUAUAAAACAAUACACAAUGGAAGCCGAACGCUGCUUUCAGUCACUGACUUGGUUUUGUAUUGUUUGGUUUCUUCUUUAUAAAGUUGUUGAUACUAUAUCAUUAUUAUCAUUAUUAUUUUUCUUUUUUUAAAAACAAGGGAUCUUGCGAGUAUUAGAGUAGGUAGCACAUUCAUUUAUUUUCGUUUAUGAUUUGUUUCUUGUUUAUUGACUAUUGAUUGUGUGUUGUAAUUUUAACCUUCUUUCUGAACGAGUCCAUACUCCUUCCAAAAGUAUGGCUAGUCAAAACUCGCAUAUGUCUUUCCCUAAUUCUCAAACCUCGAAAGCAUCUUCUAUCCUACAAAUCCCAGAAAAAGCGAGCGCUAGCUCCGAUAUAGAAGUUGGCGGCCAUGGAAAUGACUCUGACAACCCUGAGGAUUUGGGUAAAUUAGGCUACAAACAAGAAUUCCAUCGUAACUUAUCCUUGUUCAGUGUCUUCUCCGUAUCAUUCUCUUUGCUAGGCUUAUUACCGUCUGUCGCUACUACUAUGACCUAUAACCUUGGUUACGUCGGUUCUCCCGGUCUUGUAUGGGCUUGGAUAAUCGCAAUCGCUUUAGUCGAAUGCGUCGCCUUGAGUAUGGCUGAACUUUGCUCGUCCAUGCCUACCUCCGGUGGACUUUACUAUGCCGCUGCCGUCCUCGCUCCUGAGGGCUGGGGUCCUUUCGCUGCUUGGGUCACUGGCUGGUCCAACUAUCUUGGUCAAUUGAUCGGGGGCCCCUCCAUCAAUUACUCUACGGCUUCCAUGCUUCUUGGUGCCGUUUCCAUAGCCCAUCGCUCGUACACUCCAAGCAACUACCAGCUGUUUCUCGUCACUUUAACCAUUACUGCAAUCAACGCGUUCAUUGCUUCUUUACCCACCAAGCUCAUUGCCCGUGUCAAUUCCGCUAGCACCUACCUAAACACCGUCUUUCUCUUUGUUACCAUCAUUGUCAUUCUGGCAUUUGCUGGCAAAAACCAUGGAUUCAACGAUAAUCAUAAAGUCUGGAGUGAAAUAACCAACUAUACCGAAUGGCCCGACGGAUUUGCUGUCCUUAUGUCCUUUUGUGGUGCCAUUUGGACCAUGUCUGGCUAUGACGCUCCUUUUCAUAUGAGUGAAGAGACUUCAAAUGCCAGUGUUAAUGCUCCCCGCGGUAUCGUCCUUACUGCUACCAUUGGUGGUCUUAUGGGCUGGGUAAUGCAAUUAGUUAUUGCCUACACAAUGGUCGAUCAGGAUGCCGUUGUCCAUACGGAUUCUUCCAUGUGGGCUGAAUUCUUGUCACAAGUCAUGUCGCAAAAGGCCGCCCUCGCAAUCAUCUCUCUUACUGUCGUUUCUUCCUUCAUCAUGGGCCAGGGAAAUUCUAUCGCCUGUUCUCGUAUAGCUUACUCUUACGCCCGUGAUGGAGUAUUGCCAUUCUCUGGCUGGGUUGCCAAGAUCAACCCUACAACCAAAACACCAGUCAAUGCUGUCCUUUUGGACUUCACUGUCCAUACUUGUGUCUUAUUAUUGAUUUUUGCUGGUGAAAUCACUAUCGAUGCUGUCUUUUCCGUUACUGCCAUUGGCGCCUUCGUCGCAUUCACAACCCCCAUUUGCAUGCGUGUCUUUUCCAAAGAUACCAAAUUCCGUCCCGGCCCUUGGAACUUAGGCAAGUUCUCCCGCACUAUUGGUUUCUUUGCGUGUUUUUUUGUCGCCCUUAUGAUUCCCGUAUUAUGCUUCCCUACCGUUAAACAUCCUGCUCCUGCUGAAAUGAAUUGGACUUGUCUAGUGUUCGGUGGUCCAAUGAUGUUAAUCAUAUUUUGGUAUUUUCUUUCUGCUAGAAAAUGGUUCAAGGGUCCUCGUACAGGUACCAGUGACCCUUGUAUCAUGGAAGGUGUCGAACCUAUUCAUGCAUCUUCCUCGUCCAUUUCUACCAAAAAGUAAUUUCGCCCUCCUCAUCUAUCCAACCUUCUUUCCUUCAAUGGUUUUCUUUGCUCGGGCAAGCUUUUCGUUUCCUAAAUAAAAUAUUUAUUUCUGUUGCUGUUGCUGAUUGUUGAUGGCGCCUAUCAUUACAUUUCUUUUUAUUUACAUUUUACUUACUGUUCCCAUGGCUUUUGUAUGUACCCAUUUUUUGUUAAUGAAUAUAAUAUCCUGUUUUCCCUUUCUCUGCGUGUGUCA